AUGAAGCAUAAAUGUCUUCGCACAUCACUUGUAUUCGAUAUUGAGAAAAAUACUUUAAUACAACGUAUUGUAGAAUCAAAUGAUAAUAAUAAUGAACUGUUUACAUUCAUUGAAAGUACUAUCGAAACAGACGAAGAAUUAAAGAAUAUUAUGUAUGAUGAACGAAAGAAUCCCAAUCAUUUUAAUCUGGCUCAAGGUCUUGUUUUCCGAUGUCAUGUUGUAUUUUACAAACAACACUCGAAUAAUGAUCUUGAUUAUCAAAGAGAUACACUCAUCUUCAACUUUCAUCAUGCUAUGUUUGACUUUCCCUCAAUCGAUGUGUUCCAUCAAGAUCUUAAUCAAGCGUACACAACAGGCCAAUUAUCAGACGAAGAUGAAGCUGCUCUUCGUUAUAUUGAUUAUGCUGUGAUUGAACAAGAGGCACCAAUGACUGCGGCUAGUGCCUUUUGGCUUGAGUCUCUUCGUGAUUGUAAAAUUGAUCAUUCAUUGGCAUUGCCGUUUGAUCGGUACCGUAUUUCUGAUGAACAUCGAACUGGUCGUGGUGCGUUGGCUUUUUUUGAUUUUGGUGAAGGUCUUUCACAAGCCUUCAUUACUCGUACUUCAAUAAGUAAAACAACAUUGGAAUAUAUGGCUCUUGCCAGCUAUUAUGCUUUCUUGUUCAAAUUGACUAAUGGAGAAAAAGAUCUGUGCAUCGGAAUGAAUAUUGACGGCCGUUAUAAAACUGAACUAAUAUCAGUUAUUGGUAUGUUCGCAAAUGCAAUUCCCUUACGAUGUCAAAUUGAUCCCAAUUGGUCAUUCAUACGACUUGUCGAGGAGGUGCAACAGAUGGCUGCGGAUAGUUUGCAUUAUUCUUACUUUCCUCUUCAACGGAUUCUUGCUCAACAUCCACUUGUAUCUAAGCCUGCUUUUCUUGACAUAUCUUUUCAAUUUGACUCAAAUUCAAGUGAGAAUAUCUAUAAUCAAAUCAUACUUGGUGACAUUUGUCUUAGUCCUGUACCCUAUUCUAUUGAGAUUGGAACAGAUGAAGUUGUAAGCAAGUUUGAUUUUUCACUUAACAUUUAUCACAAUUCAGCAACUAAUCAAUUAUCGUGUACAAUCAAUGCAUCACUUGAUCUAUUUGAGAAAGAGACAAUCAAUAAGUUUGCACA